UCCCUCCCCCCUCUUGCCGUCGCGUCCCGGGGAGAAGACAUGGAGGACGGGGCUGUCCUCAGCGGUGCCUGAGUCGGGAUGGAGCCUCCCCGCAGCUGCCCCUUCCUGGAGGACAGCUUCACCCGCUUCUCCUCCCAAAGCAACGUCUACGGGCUGGCGGCCUUGCCGGGGGCGGCCCGGGAGGGCGGGCGAGGGCCAGAGGGGCCCGCAUGGGCGGGGGCGGAGGAAGCCGGGGGAGGAGAGCUCUUCUCCCAAUGGAGCCCAGAGGUCGCGGCUGGGCUGGGGAGGGCACCCGGGGAAGGCCCGGGGGGGCUCCUGGCGGCCACCCUCAAAGGGAAGGUCACUUAUUUCCGCUACCAAGACAUGAGGCGGAAUCUGCGGCCGGUGGCCAGGGAGGUGCAGUUCACCUACAUCCCAGUUGAUGCUGAGAUUGUUUCUAUUGAUACUUUCCACAAACCACCUCCCAAAAGAGGCCUUGUCGUGGGAAUAACCUUCAUUAAGGAUUCUGGAGACAAAGCCAGCCCCUUCCUUAAUAUUUAUUGCGACUACGAGCCCGGCUCUGAAUAUAAUCUGGAUUCUAUUGCACAAAGCUGCCUGAACCUGGAAUUGCAGUUUACACCUUUCCAGCUGUACCACGCAGAAGUCCAGGUUGCCGACGGGGCGGAGACCGUCUUCCUUCUGAGCGGAAACGAUCCCGCGAUUCAUCUUUACAAAGAGAAUGAAGAGCUCCAUCAAUUUGAGGAGCAGCCAGUCGAGAAUCUCUUUCCAGAGCUUAAGGAACUGCCAAGCAACGUGCUCUGGCUUGACGUCUACAACAUUCCCAAUUCGGGGCAGCGGAUUACCGCUUUUGGCUGCCAGAGCGGCUACAUCCGGGUCGCUCAGGUUGAACCAGCCAAGCGGGCGGUACUGCAGAGCUGGAGCAUCCAACAAGAUGGCCCCAUCUCCAAGGUCCUGGUUUUUGCUCUGCCAAGCGUCAGCCAACCAGAGGACCCCUCUGGGGUUGUGUCUUCGAAAGAUCCCCCAGGUAGCGCCAAUCCCCACCCUCCAAGCUACAGCGUCCUCGUAACCAGCACUCUUGAACUCUCGGUGGUCUCCCGGAACGUGCUGCACAGUGGUCUGGAGGACCAGUUGGUCCUGCCCCUGAGCAACCAGUACGACAGCGUGCUCUGUGCCCUGGUGACAGAUGUUGACUUUGAUAGCGAACCUGAGAUCCUUCUGGGCACCUACGGGCAGGAGCUUUUAUGCUACAAAUAUCGGGCUGAAAACGCGGGGUUGGCGAGCACAGCGAGACACCGCUGUUUCCAACCGCCUUCUGGAGAUUUCCAUCUGCUCUGGCAGCGCAGCUUCCCCAGCCCUUUGUUAUCCAUGGACUACGUAGACCUGACCUGCGAUGGCCUCUGUGAACUGGCCGUGGUGUGUCUGAAGGGGUUGCACGUGCUCCAGCAUAGCCUGACGGACGUCCUCCAGUGCCUUUUAGAGCGCCUCCGAUUGGAAGCGACAAGCCGGGCGUCCCAUCUGAAUGUGUCCGUGCAGGACCCAGAUUCCAGGGUUGAGGAUAUGGAUGGCCAAGGACCCGGAGCGUGAGGUGCUGGCUGGGCCCUCUCACGUGCUCUUCUCAUCUGCAAGAAAGGAGGAAAUGGAAUCGGGAGCGGAAUCUCAUCUCAAGGAUUCUCCCGGCCUUCUGCAGAGUUCCAGAAGCAGCGUGGAAAUUUAAAUAAGCGGGUGGGAAAGGCAGGGAGAGCACCAGUCCCUUCCCAUGUUACUUGACUGGCAUAAACUGCAGCCAAUCGGAAAGGUGACGUGCCUCAACACAGGAAGUGCUCCGUGGCCAGCGAAGUUUAGUAACUUUUUUUUUCUGUGCCUCCAAAGGGGGGGGUGGCUACCCCGAAUGACUGCGCCCAUCAUAAAUAUAAAAUAAAAAAAUUAUAGGAUGA